CCAAUACACUGCUCCAAAUCUUUCUUCUCCCAGUAUCUCUUCUCCCUUCACAAUGGACCCAAACACACAGUCAGCGCCAAAGUACCAGAGCGACGAUGCGAAGCACCGCUUCGACCCCAACUUCACAGCCGCAGUCAUCAAUGCUAUGGGCCCUGCGGUUCCCGAGCGAACACGUUUUGUCCUGACCUCUAUGAUCACACAUCUCCACGACUUCAUUCGCGAGGUCGAGCUGACCAACGAGGAGUGGUUCGAGGGUGUGCGAUUCGUCAACUCCAUUGGCAAGACCACCACAAACACCAGGAACGAGGCACAUCGCAUUUCUGAUGUUCUCGGUGUUGAGUCAUUAGUCGACGAGAUUGCACACAAGCACAUCAACGAGUCUGGCGAGACACCCACCUCCUCCACAAUUCUCGGACCCUUCUGGUCGCCUCACUCCCCCUUCCGCGACCUCGGCGACACCAUCAUCCGCAACCCUCAUCCAGAUGGCCAGACUGCGCUUAUGCACGGUGUAGUUCGCGACCUGGACACAAAGAAGGGCAUCCCGGGCGCCGUCAUUGACAUCUGGCAAGCCAGUGCGAACGGAAAGUACGACUUCCAGGACCCAGAGAACCAGGAGCCAAACAACUUGAGGGGCAAGUUCACAACAAAUGAGAACGGUGAAUACCACUACUACUGCUACAAGCCAACUGCGUACUCGCUGCCUACCGAUGGUAUGUUCCCUUCAAUGCUCUCGAGAAAGCUGUUGCUAACAAUCUUCGCAGGUGCUGCUGGUCAGCUCUUCAGGACCAUGGACCGCCACCCCUUCCGUCCCGCACACAUUCACUUGAUGGUUUCAGCCGAAGGUUACAAGCCAUUGAUCACCCAGCUCUACCCCCGCGACGACCCUUGGGUCACCAACGACACCGUGUUCGCGGUCAAGGACGAUUUGCUGCUUGACUUUGAGCCUUCCAAGGACCCCAAGGCUAAGCUCGACUUGCUGUACAACGUCACAUUGGCGCCAACAGGCAAGAAGACUGGACGUCUCGAUGGAUACCUUUUCCGGCCCCCGCCACUCCUACAUACAAACCUCACACGAGCACUCACGACAUCACCAAACCUUGCCAUGCGCGUCUCCUACGCCCCCUCGGAGCCUCCCAACGAGGAAGCCCGUCCCAUCUACGAGCGCAUCGCCGAGCGCCGCAAGCCACGCCCCCUCAUCCCGCUCGACCUUGCGCUCCUACACAACCCCGCCGUCGCCGACGGCUGGAACUCGUUCAUCGGCGCGAUCCGCACCAAGACCAGCAUCCCAGACGCCCUCAAAGAACUCGCCAUCAGCCGCGUCGCCGUGCUCAACAAGGCCGUCCACGAAUGGGACGUACACGCCGCGCUCGCGAUUAAAGCAGGCGUGUCGCGCGAGACUAUGCAGUUGGUGCUGGACAUGCCGGUUACAGGGCGUGGAUGGCGAAGGGAUGGAGAUAUGGCAGGGUUGACGGAGGAAGAGGAGGCGGUGGUGUUGUACACAGAUCAGAUGACGAUUGGGGUGGAGGUGGAGGAUGGGGUAGUGGAGAGAUUGAAGGGGGUGUUGGGCGAGACAAAGGUAGUGGAGCUUACGGCGACGGUGGCGGCUUAUAAUGCUGUUACAAUCAGCGCUCGCCGACAUGCCUCGACGAAACACCCCAAAGACUUCGCACCGCCUACACAAUCUGACCUUGACGAGCUUCGCGAAUCAGUCCGCGAGUUCUCACGGCGAGAGAUUCCGGAAGACAUAGCCGCGAAGACCGACCGAGACAAUGAGUUCCCCAACGACAUGUGGAGGAAGUUUGGCGAAGCUGGCUUCUUGGGCAUAACAGCCGAUGAGGAGUUUGGUGGGCUGGCGAUGGGAUACCAGGCACAUUGCGUCGUCAUGGAAGAGCUGUCGCGAGCGUCUGGGAGCAUAGGACUGAGCUAUGCCGCCCAUAGCCAACUGUGUGUCAACCAGUUGAUGCUCAACGGCAACACUGAGCAGAAGAAGAAGUACCUACCGGGUCUCAUAAGCGGAGAGAAAAUAGGCGCGUUGGCAAUGUCGGAACACUCUGCUGGAUCAGACGUAGUCAGCAUGAAGACGACCGCGAAGGAGGUCGAUGGCGGCUAUCUGCUCAACGGCACCAAGAUGUGGAUCACAAACGGCCCAGACGCCCACACCAUCGUCGUAUAUGCAAAGACCGAACCCACCGCCGCCUCCAAAGGCAUAACCGCCUUCAUCGUCGACACCACGUCCAAGGGCUUCAGCAUCACCAAGAAACUCGACAAGCUCGGCAUGCGCGGCUCCAACACGGGCGAACUCGUCUUCGACGACGUCUUCGUGCCCAAAGAAAACACCCUAGGCGACAUCAACCGCGGCGUCCGCGUCCUCAUGGAGGGCCUCGAUCUCGAGCGCCUCGUCCUAUCCGCCGGCCCCCUCGGCCUCAUGCAAGCCUCCCUCGACAACGUCCUGCCAUAUACACAUCAGCGGAAGCAAUUCGGCUACCCGAUCGCGCACAACCAACUCGUCCAGGGCAAGUUAGCCGACAUGUACACCAAGUUCCGCGCCUCACAGGCGUUUACAUACAGCAUUGCCCGCGCUGUGGACGAAUCGCACGCGGACCCGGUUAUCCGGACGCAGGACUGUGCGGGCGCGAUUUUGUAUGCGGCGGAGAGGGCGAGCGAGGUCGCGGCCGAUGCAGUGCAGUUGAUGGGCGGCAUGGGGUAUAUGAAUGAAGUCCCCGUGGGCAGGAUACUGAGGGAUGCGAAGCUUUAUGAGAUUGGGGCGGGGACGAGUGAGGUUAGGCGCAUGGUUAUUGGGCGCGCGUUUAAUAAGGAGUGGAAGCAGGAUGUGUGA